AUGUCUCCAAAAGCAAUCAACCAAUCCAAAAAGAGUGUGAACUCCCGCCCAAGCGGAACUACCCCAUUUGAACGCAAAAGACGAGCUUCGUCCUCAUCCGUCUCUAGUGUCUCGUCUGUCUCUUCUCUUGAAGAUCUCAGUGAGGAAGCGGACGAAUCCGAAGAUGCUGAUGAUGAAGAGGACCGACCACUAGCCCAAGUCCCGUCUUACAAUCGUCGUCGCAACAAUAACAAUGCUCGUAAGGCGGGGCGCCAACCCAUCAAGAAUAAGAGAAGACGGGUAUCAGACGAUGAAGACUCCGACCCCUUCAGCAGCGCCAGUGAUUCAGAAGAUAGUUCAGACGACGUUUAUGCUGCCGUGGACUAUAUCACGGACGCUGAAGAUGAAGACCAAGAUGUUGAGAAGUUGGAAGAGAUCAUGAUUAUGGAAUCCGAAAGAACUCAUCGGGUUUUGCCUACGUCUGAAACUCAUGACCAGUGGCACGGUGCUGAGAUGUUUGGGGACUCCAUGAUUCUGCCCGCCGCUUCCUUCUUCGACGAGGAGCAACUGUACAGUGCCAUGGAUAACUUUGGCGAGACCGAUUUCGCCAGUGAGGCAGUGGAAACUCCCGUGGCUGCUCGACGUGUCCACUUCGAGGAACGAUCGGACUCUUCCUCUGACAGUGACUCCCACACUGAGGAUGAGAUCCCCGGUGAUUUCCUUCAACAAGACUCCCUGGACCCUCAGUUGCGUCGCAUGAUUGAAAACGAUAAUGAGAACCGCCGCAGCCAGCGUCACCAGUCUGAAGAGAUUUUUGGUGACGUCGAUUAUGGCCAGGGAAACAUCUAUCACGUCGAGUCUGAGGGAACGUCCGAGGGUAGCCUCAGCGGUUAUGAGACCGACGAUGGUGAUACUACAGACGAGGAUCUCCCCCCCCCAGCAACCAUUACACACCCCCGCUCCCUCCUUCGUCGGGAUUCAACCGACUCUCUCGUCGCUCCUAGUGAUGAGAAGACCGACAACCUCCCUCGCCGACGUGGCCCCAUCAUGGGCACCUUCGUUGCUGAUCCUCACAAGCCUGUAGCCUUGGUCGACUGCACUGGCAAGCACCUUGUUAUCAUCCCAGCCUAUGCCUCUUCCCGCCAUGACUGGUUGGACUCUGCCGCCAACAGUAUGCCUGGCACAGCCAACAACAGCCCCCGCCAAACCACGUUGCAGUUGGUUGAUGAGAGUGAUACCGAAGCUCUUGCUUCCCCCAACCAGAUCGACUUCAGUCCCAUGCUGGCAUCCAGCGCCAAUUUGAUGAUGACAGCCCUCGGCAACGACCUUACCCCCGGCGGUCAGGUCAUGGGACCCCCUGAAGCAUUCUACCCAUCACAAGACUUCACCAUCGACAGCUCCUUUGAAGACGAUGAAGAUGAUGACCCCGAAUCUGCUUUAAAUGUCGAUGACUUCAUCGACUUUGGCAAUGGAUCCUCUGAUGAAGAGGACAUGGGAAAAUUUGAUGACGAGACUCUCAUCUCCCCUAUGGCUGCCGCCUCUUCUGUCCCAAACAUGGGCACCCCAACACCGACCCGCAACAACUCGGAUGCCCAGCCGGACGCCAAUGCUGAACGCUUCUUGAACCACCUUGAUAAGGGCAUUGUCACCGCCUUCCGUCGCAACAACAACCGCUACCAAGCACUUCUUCGACUUCCUCAGCACCGCGAAUUUAUGCCCGCCAAUUCACCCGCGCGCCCAGCCAGUGUCUUCCGACAUGCCAAACAUACUGACCAGCGCACACCUACCCGGAAGCGCAAAUCAAGUGGCUACGCAGGUGGCGAGGCUGUUCGACGCAAGUUGAUGGACGCCCAUCGUCGCUCCUCCCAGAUACCAUUUUAA